CGGAAGUCCGCCGGUCGUGGGGAAAGCUGUUGUUGUUUCGAUGCGUGUAGGUGGGUGGGCGACGUGUUUUCGUGUUUAGAUUUCAACUCUAGGGGGGGUUUUAAACUUGGCGGAAACUGUAACAGUAAGUUUGUACGAAUGCGGGGCGAAGAGUCGUCGGAUUCUGAGUCGGGGAGGAUGGAGGAGAGCUCCGUCCGGAGGAGUCUGGAGACGUUGUGUCAGGAGCUGAACAUGGACGAGCAAACUGCCACUGAAGCCAUGGAGAACUUCACUGCCAUAUGGAAUACAUACACACUGGAGGGAGAGGUGGUCCACUGGUUGGCCUGUUCGCUGUAUGCAGCCUGCAGGAAGGGAUCCACUCCCACAGUGGGUAAAGGCUUGAUGGAAGGAAACUGUGUCUCUCUCACCAGGAUCCUUCGCACGGCCAAACUCAGUCUGAUCCAGUUCUUCUCUAAGAUGAGGAAGUGGGCCGACAUGUCCAACCUCCCGCACGACUUCAGGCUGCGCAUGGAGCGACUGGAGCGAAACUUUGAGGUUUCCACUGUGAUCUUCCGCAAGUUUGAGCCCAUCUUCAUGGACAUGUUUCAGAACCCGCAGGGAGCCGAGCCGCCACGGCAGCCACGCAGCAGGAAACACAGGCGACUGCCAUGUCACAUCAGUGAUGUGUUCAAGUUCUGCUGGACUCUGUUUGUCUACACUAAAGGUAACUUCCGUAUGAUCGGUGAUGACCUUGUGAACUCGUACCACCUGCUGCUUUGCUGUCUGGACUUGGUGUUUGGCAACGCUCUGCUCUGCGCCAACAGGAAGGACCUCAUCAACCCAACGUUCAGAGGUCUGCCUGCUCUGUACCGCAUCGACAGCCACGUUUCACCGGACGAGCCUCCUCCGUGUGUGUUGGAGAGGUUAUGCGAGCUACAUGACGGGCUGGUGGUGGAAGCGAAAGGCAUCAAACAGCACUACUUCAAACCCUACAUACAGAAACUCUUCCAUAGACAGAUCCUGAAAGGCAAUGAGGAGCAUUUGACUGAACUGAUGGAUCCUCAGAACUUCAUUGAUAACAAUAAGGCCAUAAACAGGGAGUAUGAGGAGUAUGUGUUGACGGUGGGAGAUUUUGAUGAGCGAGUGUUCCUGGAUGCCGACGCCGACGAGGAAAUUGGGACUCCGAGGAAGAUUGUUCAGGAACAGUCUGGCAGCCAGACGAAUGCUCAGAAGCAGCUGCAACAACAUGUAGAGAAGUCCGGCUCUCUCGCUCCCUCCACCCCUCUGACGGGUCGAGUCUACCUGAAAGAGAAGGACCUGCUCGUCACGCCCGUCUCUUCAGCGACGCAGAGUGUGAGCCGGCUGCAGAGCAUGGUGGCCGGGUUGAGGACGGCCCCCAGCGACCAGCUGCUGCAGACCUUCAAGUCGUGCUCCAGAGAUCCCACAGAGGCCAUCCUGGCAAGAGUAAAGACGCUGGGACAAACCUUCAAAGAACAUUACACCAACGACUCAGAGGACAUGCCUGGCUCUCACAUAGACUUUGCAGAGAACCGGCUGAAACUUGCCGAGAUCCUCUAUUACAAGAUCCUGGAGAACGUCUUGGUUCAGGAGACCAAACGGCUGCACGGCAAAGACAUGAGUGUGCUAUUGGAGCAGGACAUCUUCCACUGUUCCCUGAUGGCCUGUUGUCUGGAGGUCGUGUUGUUCUCCUACAGCUCCCAGAGAACCUUCCCCUGGAUCAUCAACAUCUUCAAACUGACCCCAUUCUACUUUUUCAAGGUCAUUGAGGUGUUUAUCCGCUCAGAGGAAGGCCUGUCCAGAGACAUGGUGAAGCAUCUGAACCUGAUUGAGGAACAGGUUCUGGAGAGCAGAGCGUGGAGCACAGACUCUGCCCUGUGGAGCGCCCUGCAGGCUGCUGGGAACAAAAUCCCAACAGUGGAGGAGGUAAAUUUUUCCUCCAGUCUUGACACGGGUUCUGGUCCUGGUUCUGUUUCUGGUUCUACAAGCGGAGGCCAGUCCCACCUGCCUCUUGUCGCUCUCUCUCCCAUCAUCCACCCCCGCAUCAGGGAGUUCAGAUUAGGCCAGGUCAGCGCACGCAAAGAUGUGCCUCCCUCUCCACUGUCGGUCCAUGACCGGUACAGCUCCCCAGCAGCUGGCAGCGCUAAACGGCGUCUCUUCGGUGACGACCCUCCGGCCCCGACAACAGGAGUGGCCCCCAGUGGGAGUCCGUUGUCGUCACCGGCCAAGAGGUUGAUGUUCGGCUCGAGCAAUACCCUGAGGAUCGGUACUCAUAGUACCCAGACCACCGUCCUGAGUAUCCCGCUGCAAGGUAUGAACAACGACCGCACUAUUACACUGAUCCCAGUUCAGCCGUGUGACUCCUCUGGUACCGUCACCGCUCAGUUCCUGCUGACCGCCUCCCCGAGCCGGGUCACCUCCGCACCCACGACCGCUGACCCCCAGGCCGGAAGCGGUCGGCCGCGACGCACCGGAUCGCUCGCUCUGUUCUUUAGGAAGGUGUAUCACCUGGCCAGCGUACGCCUGAGGGAUUUGUGUGUGAAGCUGGACAUCUCAUCGGAGCUGCGAGGGAAGAUCUGGACGUGUUUCGAACACGCUCUGGUCCACUGUACCGAUCUGAUGCGGGACCGACACCUCGACCAGCUGCUGCUGUGUUGCGUUUACAUUAUAUCCAAAAUCACCAAAGAAACUCACACCUUCCACGACAUCAUGAAGUGUUACCGCAGCCAACCACAGGCCAGCAGCCUUGUGUACCGCAGCGUCCUACUGUGUCGCACUUCCAGAGAGCAGGUGGCUGAUGAGAACAUGGAGGUGGAUCCUGUUUCUGGUGGCGAAUCUGCGGAGAAAACUAGUCAGGUGUCAGGAGACGCAAAAUCCAACCAAUCGGGGGAGGAGGAACGCGGGGACCUCAUCCAGUUCUACAACAGUGUUUUCGUCCUGAAGAUGAAAAGCUUUGCGCUGCGAUACGCCACCCACGAUAACCGGGCGGACGCUCCUCCUCUCUCUCCUUUCCCGUCGGUUCGGGCUCAGCCUCUGUCUCCUCGUCGAGUUUCUCAGAGACACUCGCUGUACGUUUCCCCUCACAAGAACUCUGCCAGCUGCCUCACACCAAACUCCUACACUUACAGGAUCAACAGCAGCCCGUCCAAGGAAUUAUCGGACAUCAACCGGAUGAUCCGGCAGGGCUGCGUGAGCAGGAAGAGGGCCUUCACCAUGGAGGGUGACGUGAUGAUGUCACCAGCGUGCGACUCCCCCAGCAAGAGGGCGUGUCCAGAGAACGGCAGCAGUCCGGACGUGCUGCUGAAGCGUCUGCAGGACGUCGUGUCAGAGCGGCAGAGUCACUGAUGGACGUAGAAACACGUAAAACAUUAAAGUAAUGAAUGCAUUUUCAUUACAGAGCUCUUCCUCUGAAAUGAUGGAACUAGACAGUAAGAGUGAUUUUUCAUCACUGACGCUCGUUUAAUUUUGACCGUUUAUGUAUAUUAUAUGACCUGAGGGUCAUAGAACCUGUGCAGCGAAUUAAUGGCAUAAUUCAUGCUGUUUAGUUUGAUCCAAAGCAUCUUGUAAUUCUAGUGUUGACACAACCACAAAAUAUUGACUUUGAGACCAGUAACAAUAUCUAAAAUGUGAUAUUUUAGCCACAUCAAGAAUCAAAUCACUGAGACACUUCACUUUUAUUACCUUUUCACCUUUAACUCAGUAACUCAGGUGAACUGAAAUGCAGCAGAUCCGUGUUAGUGUUGCACUAUUGUCCAUUGCUAAACAUUUUUAGCUGCUAGAUGGCAGCAAGAGUAGGUUGCUCUUUAAAGAGUGCCCAAAAGUCCAAAAUGCCCAAAAAGACAACCCCCUCUUUUCCAACAACUGUUGAAAAAUACAUUUUGCAGAUAGGAAAGCUUUCAGGUCACGUCCUCAAAGCCUUUUUCUUUUGUAAAAGUGGAACAUGAAAUUCUUCCAUUACAGCAGACUUUAAAUCCCUUAUUUGUGAAGCUCGGUCACAUACUCGCUCUCUCAUCAGACUCCCAAAGCACUCUAAAUAAUUUUCUCUGGCAGUUAAAAUUUCUCAGACUUCAGUCUCUUCAUCAUGACAUUCAGUGACAACCAAUCCUGGCAAAGGGAGUCUGUUGGGUUAGAGGAAAACAAUAUAGUUAUAAAUAAAACAACUCCACCUUUUUAGCAAGUAAAUUCCAGAAGAAGGUGUUUAUAUUAUUACCAUUAUUGUAUAAACCUUUAUUAAAUCCAGGAAUUAAAUGCAGGUAUUUUACAGUGGUACGGAUGACCUAUCACACUAAGGACAAGUAAACACUCGACACUUUCAGUCCAUUUGUUAUUGUAAGCUUCGAGUCAGACGACCUUUAUCAGGCAUUUUUUAAUCUAAAUUUAUGAAGGUUCGAUUCUCUAACCUUCUAGAGGCUGUAGCUCAUCAUCCUUCACUUUCAGGUACCAUUAUUUGAACAGUCAAACCCUGAACUUGUGUAUAUAGUUUCCUUUAAGACAUAGAAAGGAAGAUGAGACAAAUCAAGCUCCAAUGUACAUUCUCUACUAUUAAACGUCUUCUAGCCCAAAAUCUGCUGAGAUCUCUACUCUGUAGAGAUUUUAUUGCUGAGGGAAAAUUGAAUUUUCAUUCUUUUUUGAUAAUUAGUUUUACAGUUUCCUUUUAAUCUUCCUGGUUUGUGUUUAUGAACCAUUUAAUGUUGUAAUGCUGUAAUAAUAGGCUUAAUGCUAACAAGCGUGCUCGAUUGAAGCAGCAUUUGUGUACUCGAGUGUGUAGUAUCUACACUUCUUUUUAAAAAAAUUGAAUUUAACAUUUUAGAAAACAAUCUAUGACUUCUAAACGAUUUCAUGUAAACUGUUUUUGUUCAUACCUGGUUUACUAAAAGCACAAUAGCAAAGGUGACACUGAAAACCAGUUGUAAAUGACAAGUAAGAGUGUAGAUUUUGCACAGAGACAGCCAAAAAAUACAAUAAUCGAUGGAAAUCUGUAAGCAGGAAAGCAGUUUGUGUCACUCUGGUGUGUUUCUCGCUUCAAGGAAAUUUGUAUUUUCUACAAACAGUCAAAGGUUUUGUACAAUAAAUUUUCUUUGAGCACUCUGUGUUCAUUCAUUUGA